AUGGCUUCUCCUGCUGCCAGCAAUGUCGCUCACUCUCUCAAGGCGGUGGUGGGGUUCAUCGGGCUGGGCAACAUGGGAGCGUGCAUGGCGGCCAACGUUCUCCGCCACAACCACCCGCUCGCCGUCUUCGACAGGAACGAGGCGGCCAUGGCGUUGCUGGUGCAGCAGGGCGCGCAACCGGCGGAUUCGCCUGCAGACCUGGCCUCCAAAGCGGAUGUGAUUAUAACGAUGCUGCCCACGCCUGCUAUUGUGCUAGACGUAUACACGGGCCCACAUGGCGUGCUCACAGCAUCAACCACUGCCCCCUCCACUCCCUCCUCCUCCACCACUCCUCCCCCCUCCUCCUCCCCCUCCCCCUCCUCGCAUGUCUCCCCGUCUCCCUCCUCCCCAUCCUCCGCGCCUCCCUCCGCCACACACACCAUCAGGCCGCACCUCCUCAUCGAUGCCUCCACUGUGGACCCUGCCACGUGUCACGCCCUCGCAGCUGCCGUGCAAGCAUGCCACGUGGCGCCCAGCGCACUGCACUCGCUGCAAGGUCCCCCCUUGGUGGUGGACGCACCUGUGUCAGGAGGCGUGGUUGGUGCCAAGGCAGGCACACUCACCUUCAUGGUGGGAGGCACAGCAGCAGCGUUCGCCAUGGCGGAGCCACUAUUGGCAGCCAUGGGCUCUCGCGCGCUGCACUGCGGGCCCUCUGGAUCCGGCUCGGCGGCCAAGCUAUGCAACAACCUAGCCUUGGCGAUCCAGAUGGCAUCAGUCUCCGAAGCUCUCGCGUUGGGGCAGCGGUUGGGCCUCUCACCCGCACUGCUCUCCGCCAUUUUUAACUCCUCCUCUGCCAAGUGCUGGUCCAGUGAGGUGUACAACCCAGCACCGGGCGUGAUGCAGGGCGUGCCCUCUGCGCGCCACUACCAAGGCGGCUUCUCCAAUGCGCUCAUGAGCAAGGACCUGGGACUGGCAGUGGCAGCAGCACAGGCAGCAGGGGCGCCGGUUCCACUGGGGACGAACGUCAUGGCCAUGUAUGCUGACAUGGUGAAGGCGGGCGCAGCAGCGGAUGAUUUUUCAAGCAUUUACAAACACGCGUAUGGCGCUAGUGCCGCUGCUGCUGCGAGCCCCUGGCCGGCUGGAGACGGCCAUCGCGAGAAUUCUGGCGCAAAUUCCGCCGCAGCAGCUGCUGCCGCCGCACCGGGCGGGCAGGCGGACGCGGCGCAAGCUGGCGCCAGCGGCGCGCGGAGCGCAGCGGGACGGCGGAAGGUGUUUUCGUGGGAGGCGGAUGCGGGAGCAGACGCGCCGCCGCGGCUGCACUCGUCGUGGGCCACGGCGCCGGCGCCGCUGCCGCCGUCGCCUAAGGACUCAUCGAUUCUGGGGGUAGGGCGCGACUGGGGGCGAGGCGCGGUCCGCCGCGGGCAGGGUGCUGCCAUACCUGUGGCGCCUAGCAGCGGACGACAGGUCGCUGAGGUGGCGCAUCCUCGUGGCGCUGCUGCUGCUCAUCGCGGGGAAGGUGGUGGUGCGGGGGGAGGGGGUGAUUACGUUGCAGGGGAGAAAACGGGGGAAGUUGGCAAAAAUCAUGGAGGAAGGAGCAGGGUGAAGUUUCAGGGGUGUGGGGGGAGCUUCCUCUGUGUUCCGUGUGGUUCGUUCUCAUGUCGCCUGGUCACCUCCUCCUCUCUUGCUCUGAAAAGACGCCUGGACCCGCCCCCAUUCCCCGCUACUCACCUGUCUUCUCCUCUCUCCGUUCCCCCCCCUUGCCCUUCCUCCAUCCCCCUUAUCCCACCUCCCCUGACCUCCCUGCCUCCUUCCCCACACGCCAACACUCCUGCAACCCACACCUCCACACCCCUCCACACCCCGACACACCCCUCACCCCACGGGUGGCAGACGGCGGGGCUAGCGGGGCCGCUGAUGUUCAAGCGGGCGCUGGACGCGCUGACCACCGUGCAGGGCCUCACACGCAAGGCCAUCAUUGCUGCUGUUGCUGCGCUCGUCGUCUCCGCUGCCUCUAAGGCAGUGAGUGCGGUGUCCACAGAGCUGCGCAACAUCGUGUUCACGCCGGUGGGGCAGGCGGUGGGGCGGCGGGUGGAGUACCACUUCUUUGCGCACAUCCUCGCCAUGGACUCCGCCUUCCACCUCGACCGCAAGACCGGCGCGCUUGCGAGGAUUAUUGAAAGAGGGAAGCGGUCUAUUAUUAUGAUCUUCAGAGCUGUUGUGUUCACGUUCAUCCCGACGGCAGUGGAGCUGCUGCUGGUGUGCGCGCUACUGGCGAACCACAUCUCGCUGUCCUUUGCGGGCGUGGUGUUGCUCACCUUUGUCGUCUACGUUGCAUGGACCGUCGCCCUCACCAAGGCCUCCGUCUCCAUUCGCAAAGAGGUGAAUCGCCUGGACGGUCUGGCGACAGGCAAGGUGGUGGACGUGCUGCUAAACCACGAGACCGUUGUGCAGUUCAACAACCAGCGCCUGGACCUCAUGCACUAUGACUCGCUACUGCGGGACUACCAGAGGGAAUCCGUGAACCUGGAGAAGGUAUCAGCGGCGCUGAACGGGGGGCAGACGACCAUAAUCUCCAUCGGGCUGGCGGCAGUAAUGGCUAUGGCGGGGCUGCGAGUGGCUGUGGGCCGCAUGACAGUGGGAGACCUAGUGCUCGUCAACGGCCUCAUUCUCCAGCUCUCCCUGCCGCUGCAGUUUCUGGGGUUCCUGUAUCGUGACCUGCGCCAGUCCCUUGUUGACAUGGAGGCCAUGUUCCACAUGCUCAGUCUGGAGUCGGAUCUCAAGGAUGGGGACUUGGAGCUGGCGCCAAGAGCGGAGGGCGUGGCAGUGGACGUCAGAGACAUCUCCUUCAGCUACAUGAACGGCCGCCAGGUGCUCAAGGGCGUGUCGUUCUCCAUAGCGCCGGGCGAGAGUGUGGCGAUCGUGGGCCCAUCGGGGUCGGGCAAGUCAACCAUAGUGAAGCUGCUGCUGCGCCUGUACGACCCCUCUGAGGGCUCCAUCUCCUUUGAUGGCACUGAUGCCCGCGAGCUCAAGCAGGAGUCGUUACGGCAAGCAGUGGCGGUGGUGCCACAGGACACAGUGCUGUUCAACGACAGCAUCCGCUACAACAUUGCAUAUGGCCGCCCCUCUGCCUCUGUUGCUGAGGUCGACCGCGCAGCUGGCCAGGCGAAACUCCUGGACGCCAUUCGCCGCAUGCCAGACGGAUUCGACACAGUGGUGGGCGAGCGAGGGCUGAAGCUGAGUGGAGGGGAGAAGCAGCGAGUGGCCAUCGCACGCGCCUUCCUCAAGAACCCGCGCCUGCUGGUCUGCGACGAGGCCACCAGUGCUCUGGAUUCUGCGACCGAGGCGAACAUUCUGAGGUCGUUGCAGCAGCUGGCGGCCGGCAGGAGUUGUCUGUUUGUGGCGCACAGGCUGAGCACGAUCAAGCACUGCGAUAAGAUUCUGGUGAUGGAGGCAGGGAGGGUGGUGGAGCAGGGAACGCACGAGCAGCUGCUAGCAGCAGGGGGCAAGUAUGCUGCCAUGUGGAUGCUGCAGGACUCAGAGCGCCCUGCCCUGGCACCGAUACCCAGGCCUGCUGCUCAUGCCACUCACACACCGGCUGCUGCUGCUGCUUCUGUCAAUGGAGAUGAAACAGUGGCAUCUUUUUCUGGAGCAGUAGCUGCAGCAACGGUGGCCGCAGCCGCAACAGCAGCCUCUUUGACACAUCAAGACAGCCCGAACGGUAGUGCCAGUGGCAACUCGUCACAUGGCAGCAACGGAGCAGUAACCUCCUUGAUGAGCGGGAGUGGAGAAGCGGGAGUGGAGAGUGGUGGGGACGCUGAGCUGAAGGAACAGUUGCGGGCGGUUGCUGUGAGUGAGUCUGAGUGGCGCACAGAUGGGAGAGCACCUAUGGAGCUAGAGGAAGUGGGAAGAAGGAGAGAUGGCGAUGAGUUAAAUGGCGACGGAGGUUAUAUGUGGAAGGCACAUGACGGGCAUAGCGGUGCUGACGGGGAGGGUGGGGAGAUGAGUGGAGGUGGUGACGGUGCUGUGGGUGUUGGUGCGGGAGGUAUGCACCAAGAUGGAGAGCAUGUAGAUGGGGAAGGUGUUGUGGGAGGGAGGAGUGGAGGGAGGGUGCGUGGUCAGCGGCAGACCUCGUUGUUUCUGAGUGAGUUUGCUCGUGCAGGGGAGUACACUGGGAGUGAAGAACGUGUGGAGGAUAUGGUGAUUGCUGAGGAUGAGAUUGAAAGGGAGGAGAGUGAAGGGGAGAGUGAUGUUUCUGGGAUCUGCGUAUUUCAACAACGCAUGCUUUGCCACCGUCGGAGGGAUUGGAACAAAUGA